GUCAUAGAGGGAAAUCCGACAGCUAUGUCAACGACUGAGGAGAUUCGACGCCAAAAUUUUGAAAGAUUUGAAAGGAACAAGAAUGAUUUCAAACAGCGUAUGAAAGAUGGUUCAGAAAAAAAUCCUUGUUAUGAGGAGGGCCAGUUGACACUUCGCUGUUUACACAAUACAAAAGAUAAAAGUGAAUGUGAAGAAUAUGGAAAGAAUGUAAGAAUGUGCAGGUAUUUUUGGAGAACAGUCAUGAAAGAUCGAAAGCGUAAAGGAAUCAUGCCAGUUCUACCUGCUGUAGACGACAGAGAAAAAGUGAUGGAAGAAUAUAAACAUUUACUAGAAAAUUCCUGACAUCUUAAUACUGCCUUUUUAUAAAAAAAAAUAAUUUAAAUGUUAAAUCAUGUGUUAAUUAUGUUUGAUGUAAAUAAAAUGUUUUUAAUGAUAA